GGCGAUUCCAUCUACUUCCAGUCCGUCUACUUUCGAGCACCUCGACGCCGACUCCGUCACCGCUCCUCGUCCUCCCCGCCCGUAUGAGUCUUCCCUGUCCAGCGAUCUUCCCCUGACGAUCACGACGUGAGCCCGGAGUCAGUGUGCGCGGCAGGAAAAUAUUCACCGCCGCAAGUACUCUCCUCCCUCGAGCCGACAGUCUCACCUAUCCUUUCUCCCGGCAUCCAAUACACCAAACCAUACGAUGUCGCGCCCCUCGUAAUCUUCCGCGUGCUGCCUCCUACGCUGCUCUCGCCGCUCUUAUCGUCUCCUUCUACCUCUUGCUCAUGUCUGAACCACUCGCUUUCCUGCAAUGCAAUCCUCCGACCAGCGGGCUGCCGUCAAUACUCAGGCCAACGGCGUGGACGUCGACGCGCUGCCCAUCGCCACCACACCCCUGCUACCCUCGCACCCAGUGCCGCUGCUUGACCUGUGUCGCUCCAUACACGAACGCGUGUCUCUGUUUCUCGCCCAAGAUGCGCCCUCCGAGCGUGUGCGCAACGUGCAGCAGCAGACGCGGAUCUCGCUCGGCGUCAUAGCGGAAGCCCUGAAGAGAUAUACGCUCCCCGAGCUUUCCCUAUCAUACAAUGGCGGCAAGGACUGCCUCGUCCUACUCAUCCUCUACCUAUGCGCUCUGCACGAUCACCCCUCCCUCACAUCCUCCCGUAAUACCUCUCACGCUAUCCAGAGCGUGUACAUAGUUUCCAAGCAUCCCUUCCAGGAGGUCGAGGAUUUCGUGGCCUCUUCUUCGAAGACGUGCUCGCUGCAGCUGGUACGUUACGCCAAGGGUAUGAAGGACGCCUUCACGGACUAUCUUCGCGACUAUCCCUCCGUGAAAGCCAUCUUCGUGGGCACGCGAAGGACCGACCCGCACGGUGCGAAUCUGACACAUUUCGACCCUACCGACCACGGCUGGCCGGCCUUUAUGAGGGUUCAUCCCGUCAUUGACUGGCAUUACGUGGAUGUCUGGACGUUCAUUCGACGCCUUAACAUUCCGUAUUGCCCGCUGUAUGAUAUGGGCUACACGUCGCUUGGCGGGACUACAGAUACGCACCGCAACCCUGCUCUGCGUCGCCGAUCAGUAUCCGGUACGGGUACGCCCCAUGUUGAGUUUCGCCCCGCGUAUGAGCUCGUCGAAGAUGACGAGGAGCGGCUAGGACGAGACUGGGAGCGAAGGGGAAAGCCGCCAGAGGGCGAGACGACGCCGAACUCAGAGCGGCCUAUAGAAGUGGAUGGUGCCAUCGCUGGCUCGGAUGGCUGAAGUGGAAUGAAUUUCACGCACGUGAUGACAAUUUCUCGCCCAGUGGGAUCAGCGAGACAAAAAGAGCAUUCACCGCAUACACUGCAUACAUAGACCUUGGCUAGACAUUUUUUCAAAUUUUGGGCCUCUACUGACUCAUGAGCCUUCAAGUGGAUGUCUGACUUGACGCGCGAAAUUUUUUUUUCAAUAUAUUUUCCGAUUAAUUGUACAUGCCACGGAAUACAGUUUCGGUGUCAAGGCCUAGAUGAAAUUCCGAGAUCUCCUCGUAUAGCAGAUCAAUGCAUAAAUGUACGAACAAC